UUGGCGGCGCGGGGGACUCAUGCCCGUAGUCAAACAGUCAACAAUCGACAAGACUCAUUCACUUUGCGCUUGGAAUACGAGGGGUGCUGAUAGAUAAAUAGCCCGGUGCUCUCGUCUGCUGCUCAGUAUUCCAGAGCUCUGUUCUUCCCCAGCUUCCUCAUCGCGAGAACCGUGUCGCACUACCCCUCCAAGCCUCAAGUCAACGGACAUCAGUCAAUAUGGCUUACUCUGAGCGUGAAUUCUACGGCGGUGCCAUCACGGGCGCUAUUCCUGCAGGCUGGAUUGACAGCAGCGACCUCCGCGAAGUCCCCGACCACCAAGAAAUUUACCUCUCCCCAACCACUCUCUCCAAUUUCAUCCUCGAGGUCAACGAGGCUGUCCCCAACAACGAAGCUCUCGCCCACCUCGACCAACAACAACAACAAUCCACCGCCCCGGCCGGCGGCGUCCACGCAAAUAAAGAAACCAUCGACAAAGCCGCCGUCAACUACCACCUCCACGACCUCUGCGACGAAGGCGAUACCAUCCAAGCUGUUAUUUCGCCAGCCCCGAUCUCCCUCCCGCACUUCAAUCCAGAACACCAAGUGCGCGCAUACAAGGGUUUGGCCUCGUUUACGACUCCCAAGACGCAGCGGGAGGGCGGUGGUCGGGUUCCAGGGUCUGUGGACGGAUCUGCGGCGACAACAACGAUGGGUGCUAGUAACGGUGUUGGAGGAACGGAUGCGCCACAGGUUUCGCGGUUGAGCUGUCAUUAUCUGCUUGUGCGGUUGGAGAAGCAGGAGACGGAUCUGCUGGCGUUUAUGAAUGUGCCGCAUGAUGAGUUUGAUACAAAGGGGGAUCCGAGUGGGUUGUCGAAGGAGGAGGAGCUGGCGUCGGGGUAUAUUGACAAGUUGGUUGAGACUUUGGAGGUGAAGAAUUGGGGAUUGUUUGGUUGAACUUUUAUCUAUUGAAAAGGAUCACAUGAAAUGAUGGUUACGAGCGAUAUGGAUUUCUACUACAGAGUAGUUUAGCUACUAGAUAGGCGAGUCCGCUUCGCCCGUCGUAUAUUCUGUUCCGGGUGAUUAGACCUCGUUAGUCCGGAAUAAUCGACUCCCGAUUUCCCCUCUGAGCUACGAUCCGAGAGACCCCGCUUCAAUAUUGAAACGGAUAAACCAAUGUAGCGGUUAAAACUCCGUAUCGGGGAAGUCGGGGGAGUCGAUUAUCCGGACUGCACGAGGC